UGUAAUGGUGAAUUAGAAUGAAUUUCUUGAAGGGUUUAGCGGAUAAAGCUAAAUCUGCUGCAGAUGCUUUAGAUUCUCCAACUAAACUUGGGCAAGGAUCCCGUGGUAUAGCAGACGAUGAAGGACAGGAUGAGCAGGAAGGGUUCCUGUGUCCGACGUGUAUGCUACAGUUUCCAAACCCUGAUCUACUCCAGGCUCAUUUUAUACGGGAACAUACUGACCAGAAGACAACACACGCACACAAAAGAAAUUCUGGUGAACGGCAUGAGGAAAAGAAUGGUGAGGUUGAGUUACUACGGAACCAGUUGAGAGCAUUGGAAGAAGCUAAAUCUUUAUUAACAGUUGAGGUAGACAGCUUACGUCUACAGAUUACAGAAAAUGAAAACAAAGGAAUUCAANACGAACACAGACUGCUAGAGAAAACGAAUGAGUUGGCAGCUGAAAAUGUUGCUCUAAAGGCAGCUGUUGACGAACUAAGCAGCACUAACGCUGCUCUAGAAGGAAGAUGUAAGGUUUUGGAGAUUGAGCACUCUCAGCGGAGUUCAUUAGAUGAUGCCGAGGUUUUAAAACAGGAGCUUAUUAGUGUGCAGAAAGCUAUGGAUGACUCACUACGAGAAAAAGAAGAAGAAUUUAUGAAAUUGAAAGAGGAAAAGGAAUUAAUCACAUCUGAAUUAAAUGAAUUAAAACUAGAAGAUAAAAAGAAAGACGAUAUUAAAGACUUAUCAGGAGAGUCAGCAGAGCUAAGGGAUGAACUAACCCGGAGUAAAGAUCUUGUGACCUUGUUAAAUGAAUCCCUAGCUAAUAAUAACUCUGUUAUAAAUGAACUUAAAUCUACCUGUGAUAAACUCAAGAAUGAUCUUAGUACAGCUGAGAAUACAAGGAUUCAGAUCUCCAAUCUUCUUAGCUCUACCGAGACAAAGUUGGAGGAAGAGAGGAUAAACUCAGACAAACUCUUGAGACAGAUGACCCAGCUAGAGCAGGACCUGGAGAAUGAGAGGACGGAGAAGGUUGAGAUUGAAUCCAGCCUGGAGAACGCACUGUCAGAGAAGAAUAGGAUAAGAUCUGAACUUGAGGAGGAAAAACUGACAAAUGGAAAGAUAUGUUUAAAGUUGACUGAGACGGAACAAACUAAUACUCGAUUAGAAAAGGAGCUUAAUCGUCUUUCAGGAGAGAGGGAGGAGCUGCUUAGUAAGAUUGAAGCUGGAGACGGAAGCAAUUUGGCGAUUCAGCAGCUCUCCCAGGAGAUAAACAGCUUACAAGCAAGAAAUACAGAGCUCCAAGAAUCAGCUUCUAAAACUGCGUCUGAACAUACAAAUCAAGUUGACCAGUUGAGAACCCAGCUGAAGGCGGUCAACACUAAGGUAGAAGAUUGGAAGAGUAAAGUAGGCAAACUUGAGAAACAAAAGGGUCAACUUACAGCUGAGCUGGAGUCCAGAAACCAACAAGUGACAAACCUACAGUCGGAGAUAAGUUCCAAGGAAAGGAUUGAAAAAGAUUUGAAAGAAGAGAUUAAAUUAAGGUCCCAAGAAGUUGAAGAGCUCAAAAAGAAUCAAGCAUCGCAGCUUGAGACAAUAUCAGUUCUCAAAACUGAAAUUACAUCAGCUCAGACCACUGCACUAGAUAAACAAACUGAGAUUGAUAAAAUCCUUGAAUAUAAAACAAAGUUAGAGGUUCAAAUCACAAGUUUGGAGACGGAUAAUGCCGCCUACGUGAAUCAGAUUGAGAUAAUAAAUGUGGAAAACUUGGAGCUGAAAGCUAAAUUAGAAGAAGGAUUGAAAUCUAUUUCUAAGCUUGAAGAGGAUUUAUCUAAAAUGAAGGAGGACGAGAAUAUUUAUCAUGAGAAUAUCAGGAUGCUGAAGGAGGCCAAGACCUUCUUGGAAACUGAGAAGAACAGGUUGGAGAAGGAGGUUGUCAACCUGGAGGACAAGAACACCGAGCUCCAAAACAGGAGUGAGUCCUCCAAGACAAGAGUUGAGGAGUUGGAGACGGUCAUUACAGCAACGGAGAAUAAGAUAACAGAAAUGAGAAAUGCUAUAGAAGCAGCCUGUGGUAAAGAGCAAAGUCUUCUAUUUGACCUGGAGGAGAAAACUAAAACCAUCUCCGCUAUUGAAGAGGAAAAAUCCAGUAUUGCAAACAGUCUGGAGGAACGGCAGAGCAUCCUGGAGAAUAUUCGGCAGGACAAGGAGAAGGCAGAGUUGGAGUUGAAGGAGGAGAAGAGAGAGAAGAACGAACUGGAGGAGCAGAUCUGUUCUAUGCAGAGAAAGUGGGAGAAGGAGAGAGAGAAGGAGGAGGAGAAGGUGAAAGAACUAAUGAAAGCGCGAGAGAUUCUCAUCAACGACGUUGUUCAGCUGAAAGAAUCUUUGAAUACGGACAAAUCUAGAUUUGAAAAUAAGAUAAAAGCUCUCUUAGAUGAAAUUUCGAGUAAGGACGGGAAAAUGAACAGCUUAACAAGCAAUCUUGAGAAAGUUAAGGCAGAACUGAACACAACUACUCAAUCCUUAGAAAAGUCCGAACUGACUUAUGCACAAUAUCUGAAAGACAUGGAAGAAUCUAAAUCAGAACAAGAAUCUAAGAUUUUCCGACUUGAGGAGGACAUUAGAAAACAGCAGCUGAUGUUGAGCGCAGCAGCUGUGGAACGAGACGCGGCAAUAUCGAAGGUUCUAGAGCUGGAAGCUGCUGUUGACGCCGCCGUUGAAGAACGUCGGGCGCUCCUAGAGCGAUGCCUGGCCGCCGAAGGGGAAACUGAUCGGACACGAAAUGUUACGAUUGAAUUGAGACGAAAAAUGGAGGAUUCUCAGGCUGCUAUUCAUGAGCUAGGCAGAGAAAAUCAAUCAUUACAGGUUGACCUUGCUCGGCAAUCUGGACGAAAAUGGAAAGAUGAUACUGAGGUCAUCAGCUGUAAUAGUUGCAGUUGCAGUUUCUCUCUGACCAAUAGGAAACAUCAUUGCAGAAACUGCGGGAAUAUUUUCUGUAACGACUGUUCAUCAAAGCAGGCCUUGAUGGAAGGGUUCAAGAAACCUCAGAGAGUUUGUGAACCAUGCUUUAACGAACUCGGAGUCAUGUGACCAGUUUCCGGUAAUCCGGAUUCAGAUUCCGAAUAGUACAGUUCGGACCGGAUUCACUAGAUUGUCAGACCGGAUAUUCCAUACAAAGCAGUGAAUUCGUAACCAAUCACAAAAUUCAGCUUUGAAACUUUGUAAAAAUACAAUGCCUGCAUUGUACUUUUACAGUACUUGUACUGUACUGUACAAAAGUUUAUUUGUACUUUAACUGUACUCUAAUCAAGCAUUGUUAAAUUUUAAUUUUAAAGAUAAAAUUAUCCUUGCCUUCCAAUAAUACUAGAGGACUAAUUAAACCUCUGUUAUGGGAUAAUUACUAUUAGGUUUUUACAAACUAUCCAAGCAACUAACAAUAAAAACAGUUGAAGUAGAAAAUUUAGAAAGUACUUGUAAGUCUUAUAUAUGCAUAAAAUAUCCUACUAAUGAAAUAAAGAAAGAAACAUGA